AGUUUGUGGCCAAUGAGAUUUAUUUUCUCAUCCCUUGUGGCUCCUGUGUCUCCCGUGUAAGCCCUCCCCCUCCUGCACAGAACACGAGGCUAAUGCAGAGGAAAGGAAUGAGCUGAGAGCAGCGGAACUGCAACUUCUUACUGACCUGCUGCUUCCCCUAGAUGCAGAAGAUCCCAGAGCAGCAUUAAGCAGCAGAGGUUCCAAGUAAGAGAAUCCAGGGAUUUCUGGGAUUCCUUAGAUCCAGCCAAGGAGCCGUUACAGGUGCAGGACAUAGAAUAAAGCAGAGACACCGUGUGACUCAGGAAUAGGAUAUCAGGUCUCUCAGCAAACCAAAUAGCAGCAGAUCUUCUUGUCUGUCAGUUACAACAAGUCGUAAGACAAAAGAGGCCGAGGUGCAACUUUGUAGCACAAUGGAAUGUGAGCAGCAAGACAACAGUCUUACAGGACAUCAGAAGGUUAUCAAAGAAGAGAAACAAAGUAAUGAAGAAUAUGGCAAAGUCUUCUCUUCAAAUGGGAACCUUCUUAUACAUCACACAGAGGAGAAACCAGUUUCCUCUAAUGAAUGUGCCAAUGGCUUUUCUACAAAGCAGAAUCUCAAAAUUCACCAGACAGUAAACACAGGGGGAAAACCAUUUAUGUGUACAAAAUGCGGAAAAUGCCUUUCUACAAAGCAAAAGCUCAAUCUUCACCACAUGACUCACACAGGGGAGAAACCAUUCACAUGCACAGAAUGUGGCAAAGGAUUUAGUAUAAAGCAGAACCUCAAAAUUCACCAAGCAGUUCACACAGGGGAGAAACCAUUUAUGUGUACAAAAUGCGGAAAAUGCCUUUCUACAAAGCAAAAGCUCAAUCUUCACCACAUGACUCACACAGGGGAGAAACCAUUCACAUGUACAGAAUGUGGGAAAGGAUUUUCUAGAAAUGAUUGUCUCAAAAUUCACCAGACUAUUCAUACGGGGGAGAAACCUUUCACAUGCACAGAAUGUGGUAAAGGCUUUUCUAUAAAGCAAACCCUCAAACUUCACUACAUGACUCACACAGGGGAGAAACCCUUCACAUGCACAGAAUGCAACAAAGGCUUUUCUAUAAAAUGUGAUCUCAAAAUUCACCAGACAAUGCACACAGGGGAGAAACCCUUCACAUGCACAGAAUGUAGUAAAGCAUUUUCUACAAAGCACAAACUCAGUAUUCACCAGAGAGUUCACACAGGAGAGAAACCAUUCACAUGCACAGAAUGUGGCAAAGGAUUUAGUAUAAAGCAGAACCUCAAAAUUCACCAAGCAGUUCACACAGGGGAGAAACCAUUUAUGUGUACAAAAUGCGGAAAAUGCCUUUCUACAAAGCAAAAGCUCAAUCUUCACCACAUGACUCACACAGGGAAGAAACCAUUCACAUGUACAGAAUGUGGGAAAGGAUUUUCUAGAAAUGAUCGUCUCAAAAUUCACCAGACUAUUCAUACGGGGGAGAAACCUUUCACAUGCACAGAAUGUGGUAAAGGCUUUUCUAUAAAGCAAACCCUCAAACUUCACUACAUGACUCACACAGGGGAGAAACCCUUCACAUGCACAGAAUGCAACAAAGGCUUUUCUACAAAACAUGAUCUCGAAAUUCACCAGACAAUGCACACAGGUGAGAAACCCUUCACAUGCACAGAAUGCAACAAAGGCUUUUCUAUAAAAUGUGAUCUCAAAAUUCACCAGACAAUGCACACAGGGGAGAAACCCUUCACAUGCACAGAAUGCAGUAAAGGAUUUUCUACAAAGCACAAGCUCAGUAUUCACCAGAGAGUUCACACAGGGGAGAAACCCUUUAUGUGUACAAAAUGUGGAAAAGGUCUUUCUUCAAAGCAGAAGCUCAAUCUUCACCACAUGACUCACACAGGGGAGAAACCAUUCACAUGUACAGAAUGUGGGAAAGGAUUUUCUAGAAAUGAUUAUCUCAAAAUUCACCAGACUAUUCAUACGGGGGAGAAACCUUUCACAUGCACAGAAUGUGGCAAAGGCUUUUCUAAAAAGCCAACCCUCAAACUUCACUACAUGACUCACACAGGGGAGAAACCCUUCACAUGCACAGAAUGCAACAAAGGCUUUUCUACAAAACAUGAUCUCGAAAUUCACCAGACAAUGCACACAGGUGAGAAACCCUUCACAUGCACAGAAUGCAGUAAAGGAUUUUCUACAAAGUACAAGCUCAGUAUUCACCAGAGAGUUCACACAGGAGAGAAACCAUUCACAUGCACAGAAUGCAGCAAAGGCUUUACUAGAAAUGAUCAGCUUCAAAUUCACCAAACUGUUCAUACGGGGGGAAAACCAUUUAAAUGCACAGAGUGCAGCAAAGGCUUUUCUAGAAAGGAGCUACUCAAAAUUCACCAAACUGUUCAUACGAGGGAGAAACCAUUCACAUGCACAGAAUGUGGCAAAAGGUUUUCUAUAAAGCAAACCCUGAAAAAGCACCAGAUGACUCAUACAGGGGAGAAACCCUUAAUGUGUUAUCCUAAACAAUAUUCAAGCAUCCCUGAAUAAAUAGCUGUAAUUCAUUCUGGGUUAUGUGUAUCCUGCACUGCAGCUUUUGUUUUGAAACAAUAUAUCAGAAUUCUACUGUAUGAGGUGCAGUUUGUUUACACAG